AUGGAGCCUUCUUUACCCAAAUUAUCACUCGAGCCUCGUAUAGGAUCUGAACCAUAUGAUGUAUCGGAACCUAAUGGGAUUGAAACAUAUAAAUCUAAGUCAUCCCCCAGCGAUAACUUAAGAGAACAGGUUCGAAAAAUAUAUAACCAACGUACAUUUAAAAAUUUGACACUCGAUUCGUUGACAGAAGACGAAAAUGGUGAUUUAGAAAAGAUCGAAGAUAAAAAAGAGGAAAAAAUUAGUGAAAAAGAUGAACUUGCGGCUAUGAAGACUUCUAUUAUGCAAACCAUAAGACAAUCAAAUAAUGAAAUUGGGAUUGGAAUUGAUGUUUUAAAUUUGAUCUUAUCGGAUUAUCGAAAAGAUUUUAUUCAUAAUAAUCCACUUCCAGUCAGCCCUGGUAUAAUACAUAGUACAUAUCAUAGUUACUCCCAACCUACUAAACCUUUCAAGGUUCAGAAUCUUAAAUUGAUGUUGGGAAUGAAAAGAAAGCAACUCAAACAUUCGGCGGAAAUGUUAUUAAAUGCGGCUGCAAAACUUAAAGAUAUUGUUGUAAAAGAAGAAACGUUCUGGAAUGAAGCUUUAUCAUUGCGAGAGCAUCACUGGAGUAUGCGUCGUGGUGGUAAAGAAAAAAAUGCCGGACACCAGAUUUUUGUCGAUUAUGCUGGAUCAAAUUACUUAGAAAAUACACUUGCACAAAUAUCAAGAACACCUGAAGAAAGGCAAAUUGUAAUAUCUUUACCUCAAACACUUAAGAGGGCAGUUAAACUAAAGUUACAACAGAGAUCAAGUGAUUUUAAUGGAAGUACGCAGCUUGUACAAGAGAAUUCUUUACUUCAUUCAGAAGCAACGGAUGGUUCAAUUAUCCAUCAACAACUUGUGGCAGCUCAGAAAGCAAUUUUCGAAGCCGAUUUGAUUGAACAAAUGACACGAGAAGCACGUGCUAUGCCUAAUGUAACAUUAAUUGAAAAUGAAAUAUUCGUUCGGAUAUAUCAAGGAGUAGAUUUAAUUAUUCAAUGGGCCAAUAUUGAUACAAUAGAAAAGACAUCUUCAAUGAGUGAAACUUGGACUUCAGCACUCGAAAAGGGAACUUUCGAUGUAACAAUUUCACCAGAGUCUUCGACUUGUACUAUAUUGAAAUUGGUGAUGGAACUUUUGGUGAGGAAAUAUCAUAGAAGGCAUUUACGUAAACAACAGGAACGCAUAUUGUAUGGAACGAAGGCCGAGAUUGUUCACGCUUAUCUUCUGUCACAUGUUAUUCAUGUACUCAAAUAUCAUUUCUUUUGCGAACAUGUUCGGAAGAUCGUUAAUGAAGCGACAAGGGCUCUGAGAAACGGUGGUGUACCUUUACAAGUUCAUUUCAUUUCCAAUCUGGCUAAAGGAAAAGAUUUAAUUGAAGAUGUUUGGAAAAAAAUUGGAAAUGAGAAAGUUCCCUUGUUUACGGGCAUGAUUAUCGUAACAAUUGACCGCAGACAUAGCCUUCGAUUUACAUUAGAAUCACCGACAUCUGUGACAAUUCACCUUUCCAAUGGUGAUAUAAAAACCCGUGAUUUAAACCAAUUUCAAGAUUUACUUUACCGAGAAAUCAAUUUAUUUUUGCUUAAAGUUGUAUUUGAGCAAUUAAAUUAUUUGACAGGUCUAGAUAAUGUUUUUUUUGGUAAUAGUACUUGGUGUUUGGAUACAGCAAUGAUGAUUAUAUAUAGAAAUAUUUCACCAGUAUUAUCUGAAUCCACUUCUGAUGAUACAGACAACGAAGAAAAAUGGUCCAAAUCUUUUUGGAAACGUCCAAUUAAAGUGUCAAUUGUUGAUGGGUAUCCAUCUCCUGAUAAUUUGACUUUGAGGAUUGAUGCAGUUGGAAUUGAAAAAUGUCCAGAAUUGAUAAUUGGUAAAGAAAUUAAUGGAAAAGAAUAUAGAGAAAGAAUAUUUGAAUUUUUGAUCAACUUGGUUUAA